AGUUUUGUAGUUGCAUAGUUGCGUGUCAAGGGACAGUGACUUCUAGUUGGUAUGAUUGAUAAAAGUAUCUCCAAGGAGGCGAUGACGGACAAGAACAUCAAUUCAGGGGAUACUCAUCCAUCAUUCAUUACGUACUGGAUUCGAUUAGCCUUCAAGAAGGCUCCUAAUAUGCUUUACUGUGACAUUUGUUCCUUUCAGCCGAUGGAAAUCUAUGUGGACGACGAAGCCAAGUUGACCCUUCAUGGUCUUGUACAGCAUUACAUCAAGUUGAGUGAACUCAAGAAAAACCGGAAGUUGAAUGACCUGCUUAAUGCGUUGGACUUUAACCAAGUUGUCAUAUUUGUCAAAAGCGUGAACCGAGCUGCUGAGCUGAACAAAUUGCUUGUGGAAUGUAAUUUCCCAUCUAUCUGCAUUCAUUCUGGCAUGUCCCAGGAAGAAAGGUUGUUGUUACUAUUUUUUCUAGCUUAGCUUACAUGCUAUUGG